UUCUUGCUUUCUUCCGUGCCGCCACGGGUCAACGCCUUCGCCGUGUGCCGUCAGGACGGCGCUGAGGGCCGUUGCGCUGCGGAGCCGGGCCCCUUGUGUGCGAUAAAGGCAGAAAGAACUUCCGAGUCGUUCUCCCUCUCUCUCUUUCUCUCUUCUAUUUAUUUUUCCCCGUAACCUGCUUUCUGGCGUGCUUAUGAGCGAUGGCAGGCAGCCCCGUGCCAUCCCUGGAGUUGUGCUGUGCCCUGUGCAACGCUGCCCUGUCCCUUGCUCCACAGUGACCAGCAGCCCGACUGCGUGCCGAGGCGUUUGGGUUGGGCUCUUUCUUUUUCUUUCCACUAACUAUGUGUUUCAAGGCAAAAUAUGUAAUCAGUAGCAACAGAUCGUUGCUGAAACAAACAAGCGUGAAAUUCUGGAAACAGAGCUUUCUGAAGUUGUACAAGUCCUAGACUUACCUCAUGGGUUCUAUGUUGGUCUGAUCCCGAUGCGUUCAGCUUCUAAAAGUGUGUGUGGGGUUUCUGCUCUCUUUGACAGGGUGUUCUGCUUUGAUUUGUUGCUGUGUUCCUUUUAUUGUUUCAGGCUUUUUUUUCCCCCAGUAACUCACAACAUUUCCCUCCUCACAUCAUUAGAUGUACUGGGACAAAACCAAUGUCUUCAUGGAUUUAACUCAAGCAAGUUUUGGUUAUUUUUAUAAUAACUCAACCUAGCUGGUAACAGUUGAAAAGUCAACGAACCAAAUAAUUUCUUAAUUGAGUAAUCCUUAAACCAACUAAAUUAAAAUCCAAAUGCCUAUUCUAGUGAUUCAUUUGCUCUGAAGAUAAAAUCUGCAUUUUUUUUUUUAAUGUUAAUCAAAUUGCAUUGUAAAUUUGGUGGCAAAUGGCGUCUGGCAAAGCUUGACAGAUUGAGGUUUCCUGUUUUGUAUGGAAAAUGUGAUGAUAUUAUCAAUUUAUAAAACUGAAAAUGAAUUGAAGCUUUGGAAGUAUUUCUGGGGAUUCCUCAAGGGAGUUUCCAUUGGUUACACUGUUCCAAUUUAUUUUCAGUCUGAUGAUUAUUUUUUUUCCCCAUUUUCCAGAGAAAAUCCAGAGAGCAUCAGAAAUUAGUGUUCUUCGCUAUAUAUCAAAGUAAUGCCUGACACAGGUUGCUAAGAGAGGUGAUGCCCCAUCCUUGAAGACACUCAGGGACAGGCUUGAUGAGGCUCUGAGCAACCUGAUGUAGCUGUAGGUGUCUGUUCAUUGCAGGGCAGUUGGACCACAUAAUCUUUAAGGGUCCCUUCUAACAAAAACAAUUCUAUGAUUUUCUGUUCUGUGAAAAUAUUCUUCAGAGGGAGCAUCCAGUACAGAAGUGGAUAAAUUUUUACACAUUACUUCACAAUACUAUUUUUCUGUUUUAAAUACCGCUGUGAAAGGCAUUCUUCCAAGAGGUUAUUGCCUACUCAGUGAGUACUUGUGGGGCUAUAAAAUUACUGACUGAUCAUCUUCAAGUUAGUAAGUGAAAGUGAAUGUUCUUGUUUUAUAUAUAUAAUUAGACAUCUAGAUAAUUGAAUCGCAGACUUACAUUUUUCCCAAAAUGCAGUACCACUUGUUUUGGUUUAUAUAUGCUUUCUUCUCGAGAAAAAAAUAAUCAUGCACAGAGAUUUCUUUCUAUCCUCCAGUGUCCUAAUGGCAGACAAAAGUAAGGUGUAUCUUGGCUAGGCACACACCAUUGAAGAUAGAUGCCCAACAGAGAAGUUACUGCUGCUACAGAGGUUAGGUGUGCUGAUGUUAACAGCUGUGGAUGUGGUGCCUUUGGCACCAGGGUGCCCAGCUCAGCACUGCAGGGCAGACCGUGCUGCUUGACUUCCCACCAGAUUGUUUCGUUCAGCCUAUUGCUGUGAGCAAAAAAGGGAACACAUGUUAGACGUAGAGCUGAGAACUGGUUGUUAAUCUAAUUAAAAUCUUAAUGGCCUAAUCGAAGGCUUAGUACUAGUCCAGAUAUUAACACAGUUCAGGUUGUGCACAGUUACAGUGAUAGAGGUACAACCUCUGACACCAGACUUUCUUCACCGACUGACUCUUCCUCUGGGACCUGAAGGGCUUUGUCUGGGCUGGGGGGGGAAGGGGAGGUCAGCAUCCCACAUCCUCUCUUGGAAGGAGGGAGAGUGUGCUGAUGGUUUUUCUUCCUUGUCAUGUGUCCACCUGGGAUUGCUUUUAUGCUUGUUAACACACUGCACACCUUAUUCUUUCCCCAGCACUUGAUGGCUCUGUCAUCACUGAAUUUAUACAUACAGUGCAUUUUACACAUGUUGAGAACUUGUCCUUUGUUCUAUGUGUCGUUACUUAUAGAACUGAUUUUACCCAUCUCCCGUGGCUGUAUCACCUGGUGAGCAAUUAUUAAUUGACCACUGGUUAGCUAUUAUAGUGCAGGGCCCCCCUGUUGCCAUGUGUACUCUAAGGCCCCUACAGUCAUCCCAUGCCUGUGACCCUCCAUGCUCUAUUUUUCCAAGCCUCGCAGACAGUUUGCUCUGCACACAAUAACUACUGCUUAUUGCUAUCUGUUGGUUAUAAAUCAAAUUGUAGGUGUUAGAGUACACAGCUGUACAAAGCUAAGCAAUAACUAGUUAGAUAAGUUGCGUGGUGGUUAGCUAAUUUUCUUGCAGCUAAAUAAAUGAAGCUUCAGGCAUCCAAGAUGAGUCCAGACAUUGUCUGACAAGUCCUGUGGCCCCAUUCUGAUAGCUGAAAAUAAAGCCUGUGGCUUCUUGCAAGCAGUGACAACACCACGGUUGCUAUAGGCUGCGUACACAAUUACAGUUUUUAUGUUGUUACAGUCAGGAUGAUUGAAGUAGUUUGAUGCCUGUUACAGCCCUGUAGAGCAUUAUCUUUAGAUUUGAUGGUAUUUUACUAUUCUAACAUUGGCAUAUAUCUUCUUUUCUAUCUUCUUUAUUACCCGAGAUUCUAUCUUGUGGAGGCAGGCAUAAAGCAGUCUUACCUGUGUAUCCUGUAAAGAACAGGAUGUUGCCAAAACUGUGUCUGUGUUUCAGUUUGGAAUCAAGGAGUGAGGUAACAAAUUCUGUGAGACCAGGAUUGAGGAGCAGAGCUGCUUGGGAGUAUGGUUGUGUUCUCAUAAGUUCAAACGUCUUACGUGAUCUUAGUCUUACACUCAUUAAUGCUUGUGAAAUCUUUGUUACCUUCACAGACAAAGAAGGAAAUACAAUUAUGGUUAGGUGUACACUUCUGAAAUAUCUUUGAUAGCUUCACGAAUUCAAAGCAAAAGAAAAUAGUCAUUGCUGAUCAUUCACAUGUUCACUACAGCUGACUCCUUCCAGCACACACUAAGGAAUCUCUAGGGCAAGUGAUCUCAAGCAUUGCUCAUCUUCUUUCUGUUUUCAUCAGAAUACUGUCUGACAUAAGUUUCAGGCAUCUGAUUUAUUUCGACCUCUUUGAAAAUACUUAGGUCUUCAAAGAGCAUUAUAUUAGGAAGUUACUCCCCAAGUAAAGAAAAACAGUCUCUUCCGAAUAAUUCAGUAAUAAUUCAGUAAUUAUUUCCCAGCAGCUUCUCAGUUUAGAAAUCUGUUGGAAUAUUUAUUUCUCUAAUUCCUGCCGUAUAGAUUAUGAGGGCAAGUCCAUCUCUGUCACUGGAGGCAGAGUUGUGUGUGCUAACAAUGUAGUGGGCUGGAAAGCUUGAAUUUGUGAUGAAAACUGUCUUGGCAACUGAUGUUUCUGUUCUGCUUGGCUAUGCCGUUCUUCACAUAUAGAUGGGGAACAGAAGGCCAGAAAAGCAUGCUAAGUUUAUUUUAUUGGGAUAGUAAAGUGACAUAAUAUGGUGAAAAUUUUGCAGCUCAUUUACAGGUAUGUCAUAUGCCCUGCAGUGUAGAAGAGAUCUGAUUGAAAGCAGCUCAAUUUUUUUGUGUGUAGUUUAUUUGAGCUCCUAUCUUGUUUCUAAAUGGUUAUGUCAUUCUACAGGCAGGAGUGCUGGGCUCUGGUGUGAGUACUGUUUAUUCGCCCGUUAGAGGCUUGAUCUUGAGUUUGGAAAGAUGGGAAAUAGGUGGAGAAAUAAACUUGAGAACUGUGGGAAGAGAGGUGGAAGGUACAGGAGGCUGAGUUUAGUCAGUCCAAUACAUCAUGCACAGAUGAGAAGAUUCAGUUUUGAGUGAGAAAGACAAGGAAAGCUUUCAAUGUAUUUGCUUCAAUGAUCUCAGUGUCUGAAAAAUGUGGAAGGUGAUUUUUACAUAGAGAUUAGACUUUUCAGUUUACAUCAAAAGGCAAUCUGCAGAAGCAGUCAUUCCCUUUUUACACCUGGUAAUGUUUACCAUAUACUAGGUGUAAAACAAGUAAUGCUUACCGUGUACCAGCAGGGUGGUUUCUCUAUCAGUUACUUUAAAAAUAAACAUUUAAAAGACUGUACAUGCAUUAACAUGUAAAGCAUGUGACACAAAUUUAUGUGCUUUUACCAGUUCUGGAAGCAUACAAGAGUACUUCCCAAGGCAAGGAGCACACUAACACAGAAAAAUGCAUUUGGAAUGAUAACUUCUCUUUGCUGAGCUGAACUACAAAGAUCUCAUGCUUUGGAGAUGAAGAUGAUAAACACAAAGAAUAAAUCCAGCUUCUGCUGCUGUGAAUAUUAAAAGGUCCUUUGUGUCAAAAUGAACAGUCUUUGAGAAGAAUCUGGAAGCUGCUUAAUCUAAAAGAUGGGAGAAAGGGUAAGGAGCCCAGAUUCUGAACAAGACAGAAGAUCGGAUGAGAACAGAAAUAGUGACUCUUAUUAUUCAGAUGAAGAUAAUGCAUCCCAUUCAUCUGACCGGUCACCUACUCUAAGCUAUCCAUCGACAAGCCAUGAAAAGCGAGAUCACAAAACAAGAGCUUCAGACAGUCUUGUGCACUACCAAGCCACAAAGAAGUUGGGUUCCAAAUAUGCACCAAGCAAAAGAGGGACACGGUGGGGUUUCCGUUCUCAAAGCCUCACUAGGGAUUCUCCUGCGAAAGAUAUAGAUCUUGUUACAAAGAGAGUCCUUUCUGCUAGGCUGCUGAAAAUCAAUGAGCUCCGAAAUGAACUGACUGAACUCCAUAUCAAACUAGAUGAGCUGCAGAAGGAAAACAGGGCACUGAAGAGGCUUCAGCACAGGCAGGAGAAAGCCUUGAAUAAGUUUGAAGAUACAGAGAAUGAAAUUUCUCAGCUCAUUGCUCAACACAACAAUGAGAUUAGAAUAUUAAGGGAGCGCCUACGAAAAUCUCAAGAGAGGGAACGUGCCACUGAGAGAAGGCUAAAAGAUUCAGAAGAUGAACUGUACCGAACAAAAACUGUCUUGCAGAAACUGAAAAAGCUGUCUGCAGAUAAGCACCUUGCUGAAAGAGAUGACCUGGCUAAGAAACUAGCCUAUGCAGAGAGCAGACUAGAGGAGAGUGAAAAAAGAAUUAAGGAUCUGGAGAAAAAUCUGGAACUAAGUGGUAGCAGUUUUCAGCGAGAAUUACAAUUGAAGAAGAAAAAGGUGCUUGAAGCUCAAGACAAAAAUAGAGCUCUCCAAGAAGAGCUUCUUCAACUGAAUCAGAAGCUGAAGGAAAAAGAAAGAGAACUUGAUGCCAAAAAUAUAUAUGCUAAUCGUAUGCUGAAGGUAUCACCGAGGAAAGGGAUGGAUGUUAUUCAAAGAAAGAAAGCCAGCAACCAAAAUAUCAAAAAAGGAGCACAGCUCACAAAAGGAGUACAGACCAAUGGAUGUUUCUCAUCUGUAGAACUUCCUCCAGAAUCAGAAUUUGUCUGUGAUGAUGCAGUAGAUAAGAAAGAGAGGAUUCUUUCCAGAAUAGAAAAAGAGCCUCAAAACAAGGAAUGGAAAGAGCAAGCAGACCUGCUAAAACAAGAGCAAGACAGAGAAAAGGAAGAGAAACUGAAAUGUGUUCAGGAACUACAGACUUCAGAGGAGAGGUUUCAAAAGCUACGUGAUGAAUGGGAAAAAGAAGAAUGUGACAAAAUGAAAAAAGAAAGCAGCUUUUUAUUGGAUAAAGAAGAUAAAGCAAAGAUGGAAACAGAAACACACAAACCUGAAAUAGAGACAGAAAGUACUGAAAUGCUGGAAGAACGGCGAAAAAGUGAAUUUCUGCUUGCCAAAAUGAAUGAAAUUGAUAGAGAAGCUCAAAAUGUAAUGAAUGUGAAACUUGCUUCUCAAACAGUGUUCAUAAACACAUUGAGAAAAUCUGAUUCUCCGGAGAAGAAAGAAAAAAAUGGUCAAUUCUUUGAAAUUCCAGGAAAGGUUACAAAUGGAUUUCCCCAAGAGGAGAGCCAGGAGGAUGCCAUAAGAGCACAAGGGCAGAAGCAGCGAAAUUUAAGGACUGUAGAUUUAAGUAAUGAGUUAACAUUUGGUAGUUACGUACCUUCCUUUGGAAAAGUAUCAGGGAGACCAAGUUGGCUUAAUCAAAAAGUUGACUCUUUAGAAGAAAACAUGAAGGAAAAUGCAGAUUUCCAUAGUAAGAAAGAAAAGAAGUCCAAUUUAAUGGAACAGCUCUUUGGAAGCAGUGCCAGUACCAUCCUCCUCCCUAAAAGUAAAGAUAUGACACCUUUUGACAUAGAUUGGGAAUCAAGUAAUACUCUUCUUGAUAAAAACAGUAAAAUCAAAGUAAAAGAAGACAACGAUCUUUUCAGUGAAGGAAGAAACCUAAACAGACACCGUCUGCAACACGCUGGAAGCAAGCCAGCUUUUAAAACCCUGGGUUCUUUAGAAGAUGAAAUUGAAGAAGUAGUCUUACAAUGAUCAUAUUUUAUAUUUUUCAUAUGUAAACACUAAAUAAAUAUUUUCACAUAGUAUUUAUUAGAUACAGAUUUGAGAUAUUUCAAAUGUAAAGCCUUAUGAAGGAGUAAUUUACUUAAAUGGAUGUAUUUGUAUAGAGGAAAGAUGUGCUCUGAUAGAACAGCCUAACAUACACACAGGAAAUUUGUUUUAAAAAGUAACAUCUAAAUACAGGCCUUGGAGAUCUGACAGUCACUAUUUUGGCAGUAAGACAGUGAAGUUGUCCUGAGGGACUUGCUGAUAGGUGAGAUAGCUACUAGCUUGCCACUUAAGUCAGAGAAGAUGCUCUUGGUCCUACCUGUGCUCCAGAUUAAUGAUCCCUGUUGCCACAUGGCACCAUCUGACUUGCGCAGCUGUGGCUCGGGUGCCAGAGGCUUGUCAGUGCAGUGCUUGUAGGGAUGCUGUAGGAAGGAAGGGUGUUACAAAGGCUUACACUCAUGCACACCCUUCACCUGCAUGCACUCAUAGACACUUAGUGCUCUCUUGCUGGCUUUUGCACACAGUCUUUCUCUUGCUAUCACUCUCUUGAUUAUUGAGACUUAUGUGUCAUCUGUAAUAGAUCAGUAAAACCAUACUUCUCACAAAAGGGAAUUAUUUAUGACAGAGUUAGCUGGCUGGGAAAGCAACAGGCUUUUAAGUGGGAGUGCUGGCAUUCAGGGCAGCUAGGAGAUGUGCAUCUCUGGCUAGCCAGUGUAGGAAGUAUUUUGUUACCUGUAGGCAGUUCGCCAUACACUGCUUUUAGUUUGGUUGAUUUCUUUUGAGCUUCAAUUUGCUUCCCCAGGCAUUCAUAGGGCCUGUAAGCUGUAUCAGGAAAAGGUGUAUGUAACGUCAGUGUCAUGAAAUUGAUAGAAGAGUCUUAACUUGCACAAAGCCUCAGGUAGAAAGACAAUACUCUACACUGUAAUUGUGUUAUCGCAGAACCUCAGCAGAAAUACAACGAACUCAGGAGCAGCUGAUCUCUUUUCUGCAUAGCUUUUCUGGAGAUUUUAAUAACAAACUUGUCCAGGUUGUCCAAUAUUUUCAGGUUAUAUUUAUUAUAUAAUGCCAUUUUUUGUAACUUCUGAAUUUUCUACAUAAAAUUCCAAUCAUUAGUAAGUUGUUUUUUAACAAAAUGCUUUUAUUAAAACAGUUGAGUAAAAUUUGUACGUGGAGAUCAUCUUUAACAAAAAGUUUUGACUUUUUAUAUUGUGUUACUGAUGCAGGGAAGGGGGAUGAAAGUGGGUUUGGUAGUGACAUUGCUAGUCAUGUCAUCCACUGCAUGGUGCAUGUAUAUAAAUUGGAAUUGUAAGCAGUGAAGUAUAUCAGAGGCAUUCCAGAUAAUUACAUGAAGGUCAUCAUUCUUUACUAGAGUGGCAGAUUUUUAAAUGCUUCUCUGAUAUGCUCCCUAUGAGCCUGAUUUAAAACAUACUAAAAAUACAGAGGGAGAUUAUUAUGAUUUCAAGAUGCUUUGAAUCAAGAUUUCUGUGGAAACAAUGGCUUUUCUGAAAAGGGAAAAAAAAAAAAGGCUGGUGUCUGCAUCAUGCAAUAACUUUCUUUGCAAUAACUUUUCCAUUCAGAAAGAAAAUUAGUCACAGAUUCAGACUGGGUGUGUGUGGGACCUUUCUCUUUAAUCAGGCUGAAGUGAAAAGCAACCCAUGUUCACCUGUGUGCUUACACUGUGAACCUGAUUAUGUUGAUUAUAAAACUGUAGAGUUUAGCUCAUUUGUUUUACUUACUGUGAGUUAGAAUAUAAGUUUAUCACUCUGACCAGGAGUGAGUUUAAUUGUCUGCUAUUCUUCCUCAGUUACUUGUUUGGGGAUAUACAACGUUCAUUCUGAGAGGCAGAAGUCAGCUUGUAAGCGUGUUAAGUGUAUGCAAGCGAGUGGUUAUUUAUCUUGUAACUUUCUUAAGUGUGGAUGAGUACUGCCCUUCAAGACUACAGGGCUGCAUUCAUGAACGUAUUACUGUGGCUGUUUGCUUUUGUUCCCUGUGGCUGAGGAUUACAGGACACAAAACAAUGAUGUAGCUGCUGUGGUUAUUAAGGAUCACACAGUGUAUGGAGAGUUGGUUGGUUUGUUUGCGCAGUGACCCAUUAACAUCUGGCAAAUUCUAAUUAUCAUGCUGAACUGUUGUGCUCUGCUAUUUCAAUUGUAAAUGUAUAUUUUCUAAGUUGCUUCGUACUAUCAGCCUCCUCUUAAGUUUACACAUUCUGUUAGCAGACCUUUCCUGAAGCAAACAUUGUGCUGGCUUGCACAAAAAGGUAUAUCCUCUAGGAAGGUGAAAAUAAAUUAAUCUGCUGGGUAUGGUGCCACAGGUAUAUCUUUUGUUUUCCCUGAUUGCUUUCUGUCUGCAGCUUAUUGUCUGUUCUUGCUAUGUUUACAGUUUUAGUGUUACUUGUGUGUAAAUGCCAUUACAGUUAAGAAGUAUAAAUCAAGCACUUGGGACUUGGAGGGAGCAGGAGGGUGGAAUUUUUGGAUCCUUCUCAACAUGUGCAAGCAAGAUUUCUGAUGUUGAGAAGUUACAGUUUUCCACUGUCUGGAAGCAACUUCUGCAAGGUCUUAAAAGGGUCUGUAGACAUUGUGAUUGGGUUCAUCAGUAUACAUUAGUUCUCUUUACCCCUGAUCUUGACUUCCAUAUCCAUGUAGUGUGCAUGUUGCUUUAGCAGUGGUUAAGUGUUUGCAGAACACUCCAUUUUGGAGGAUAAAAUAGAUCACAAAUGUAAGCUGUUCUAACAAUGAUCUGUGAUGAUAACUUGAUGUUUAUACUAUUAUAGAUUGUUUGUUAGACUUUCAGAUCAUAAGGCUGUCAAACCUGUUGCGCUGGAAAAAAAAAUCCUCUGUUCUAAUAUGAGAUGAUCAUUAAAAUUUGUCAAAUUGUUUUAUUGGAA